AUGCCGCUCUUUCGUGUCGACACAGCGUCCGAUGUCGACCGCCGGAACAUACCGCCGCCCUGGUCAUGGCCAGCCGCGACUCUGUUGAGCCUGCGAUUCGGGGGACUUGUUGCUUACACGCUGCCCGUGCUCACACUACGCACCACUUGCCUCUUCUCCGCCACCAUCUCUCGCUCCCGCGAUUUUACCUCCCUCCCCAUGGCUUCACUUGAUUUGCAGGGCGCAAGCGACUUGGGUUCUCGCCUUAGCUUUAUGAAUACGUGUCACGAUGCGUCUGUGGAGCUUCUCGAGAUUAUACAUGACUCCUCCGACGUGAGUUUCGAACGGCAGGCGAGAAAGAUUAUCACACUCAUCGAGAUAGCCCGCAGCACCCUGACCCGCGGAGGACUAAAGCUCCACAGCUUUGCGAGCUGCCCGCCGGCGCUUACUUUUCACAAGCAGGCGUACUUCAUGCUGCUUGAGGCGCUAAGAGACAGGCGGCACCUCAUCGAUGAUAACACGCUCAAAGAGCGAGCUGCAAGAUUGUUGCUCCCUCUUUCGAGCGGACUCGUGAUCCGGAGAAGGUCGAUGUCUGUUACGAGCGAUGGGCGGACACCGCCGCCUGACGAGAUCGGCUCAGACGCUGAAUCGCAGACUUUACGCCGCACAGCCGCUCCUGCAAGGCGCCUACCGCCUGCGCCACCACUAGCAAUGCCGCCGCCAGCCGCCUUGCCCUCGAAAGAUGCCUCUUCACCGGCCUCCUAUGAGCCACCGGCUGGGGGCGAACCACCGCUGUGGCGUGUCGAAAGACUGGCCAGAACACGCUCGAGGCCGUCGCAAAAGCAUCUACCUCCCGCGGAAGGUGUUCCGGGCGACGACACGCCACCAGUGAUUUAUACCGUCCAAAGGGUACGGCCUCAUAGAUACGGGAUCUUCUGCUCGGCUGGGUCUGCGAACCCCAGCAUUGCAGACAGGCAGCACAACCGCCUUUCACGGAAUCUCCGGGCAUAA